AUGAUGUCUUUGAUCCGGGAGCUCAGCUCUGUUGUCCGGCAGCUCUCUAGCCUGCCCUGCCCACCACAGAACAGUCUCAGUGCCCAUCUGGAGGAAAAUCACUCUCAGGGAAGGGGCACAGAUUUCCGCAAAAAGACGGCAGCUGACAUGAAACAGACGUCGAGUGUCUUCAUCGAAGCCAGGAGGGCGUUUCACAAGACAGGAACCAUCUGCACCCGACACGCCCGCAACCCCCUCAGCACCUGCAUCCUCCCACCUGUGCCCGUGUCAUCCCCCAUCCCCAGCAUGUCUGUGACUCCUGAAGAGGAAGACCCCCACACAGUGGUCAUGAAGAGUGUUGACAUGUGGGAGCCACAGGUGCAAACCAGGAAAGGGGGCACCAUUUGUGGCCUGAGCCUCAUGGUGGGUGGAGGCAACUGGGACUUCAGCCCCCAGGAGUCCAGAGUGUGGCCCACGCUGAGGCCUUCCCAGCCCAGCACUGCGCACCUGGAGAAUGGAGCUGCUAGUGAGCUCCUACCUCCCAUUGACUGGACACUGGGGCUGAGCCUGCAGGGACAGACAGACGGCCAUGAGCUGGAGAGUCCUGGGCCCAUCAAGGUGUCCGCUUCGCUGGGCGGGUCCUGGGACAGUCAGCCUUCUCUGGGACAUGAACUCCAGCCUGAGCCACACUACUAUGCGGCUGUUCUACAGGUAAUGGUUUAUAAUGGAGGUUGCACUGGGGCCACUCAGAGUCAUGGCCAGCAUGCUGAAGAGUUGCCAUCACAAGUACCACAAACAGCUCUGGAGGCCAUAAGUCUGAAAUCAAGGUGUCGGCAGGGUCAUGCUCUCUCUGAAGUCUGCAGGGGAAGAUGCUUCUUCAUUGCUUUGAGCUUCGGGUCUCCACCCCUCAUCUCGGCAGCCCCAGGAGCCAUUCCGUAUUUCCGGAAUGUUCUAUUUUCUCAGGAGAACUGUGGGCAGCAGAGUCUGAGUCACGGUCCAGGCCAAGCAGCUGAGGCGCAGUCUGGGUUUCUGAAGGCCAGCCCAGGCUGGACAGAGGCCUCAGGUCCUCAGGACACGCCGGAUGCCUCGGUGUCAGCCAGACUCCCUCCCCACUCCUCCGCGGUCCUUCCGGGCAAGGCUGAGAGUGUGGUCCAGUGA